UUUGAUUACAGCAAAGUGAAUGUUUGCGAGAAAAGAAAGUCUUUUUUGUGAAAUCAGAAAAAAAGUGAUCAAAUCCAAAACGGCUAUCUUGUCUUGUCUCUGAAAAAUCCUGUCACUACUCUCUUAAACCCUUUCGCCUUACGAAUCUCCCUUUUUCUUCUUCUUCUCUCUUCAAUGAUUCCACUGUCUGAAUUUCACUCAACCUGUUCCCAUGGCUUCAAAACGUGUCCACAGAGACCACACCGAUCUCUCCACCGUUAAACGCCACAAGGACCUCGACUUCCCCGAAAACACCACCACCACCACACCCGACGCGAUCAACCUCCUCAGCCUACUCCUACAAUGCGCCGAAUACGUCGCGACAAAUCAUCUCCACGAAGCUUCCAUCCUCCUGUCGGAAAUCUCCGAGACAUGCUCUCCGUUCGGUUCCUCCCCGGAGCGCGUCGUCGCCUACUUCUCCCAAGCCCUCCAAGCGCGCGUCGUCAGCACCUACCUCUCCCGCGCGUGCUCUCACCUCUCGAAUAACCCCCCAAUCCAUCAUCCACACAAGAUCUUCGCCGCCUUGCAGACGUUCAACUCCCUCAGCCCCCUCAUCAAAUUCUCACACUUCACCGCCAACCAAGCCAUCUUCCAAGCCCUUAACGGCGAGGAGGACUCCGUCCACAUCAUCGACCUCGACGUCAUGCAAGGCCUCCAAUGGCCUGGGCUCUUCCACAUCCUCGCCUCCCGUCCUCGAAAGCUCCGGUCAAUUCGGAUCACCGGGUUCGGGCCAUCCUCCGAUAUCCUCGCCUCCACCGGCCGGAGACUCGCCGACUUCGCGGCCUCCUUAUCCCUCCCCUUCGAGUUUCAUCCGGUUGUAGGCAAGAUCGGAAAAACCGAUCCGAGUCGACUCGGGACGAGGCCCGGCGAGGCUGUGGUGGUUCACUGGAUGCAGCACCGGUUAUACGACGUCACCGGGAGCGAUCUCGAUGCGGUGGAGGUUAUACGGGGGCUGAGACCGAGUCUGGUGACGAUGGUGGAGCAGGAGCUGAGCUGCGACGACGGAGGAGGAUGCUUUCUUGGGAGGUUCGUGGAGGCUUUGCAUUACUACAGCGCGUUGUUCGACGCGCUUGGAGACGGAUUGGGCGAGGAGAGUGGGGAGAGAUUCGCGGUGGAGCAGAUCGUGCUUGCGACGGAGAUAAGGAAUAUUGUGGGAGAGAAAAAGAGGGGGAUGAUGAGGUGGAGAGAGGAGCUGAGUCGGGUCGGAUUUAGACCUGUUUCGCUUCGGGGCAACCCGGCAACGCAAGCGGGUUUGUUAUUGGGCAUGUUGCCGUGGAAUGGAUACACGUUGGUCGAGGAGAAUGGAACCCUCCGGCUUGGUUGGAAGGAUCUCUCGCUUUUGACUGCUUCCGCUUGGCAAUCUCAGCCGUCUGAUUAACUUUUCGUCACCAUGUGUUUUGUUUUUCCUUUUUAUAAACACACUUGAUCCGUUUAAAGAAUAAGGCAAGGUUGGAGAAAAAUAAUUAUGAUAUAGUUGAGAUAUCAAAGGUAUUAUAUAAUGAAUAUUCACCUAA